AUGGGAAACUAUUUUGCUAGAUCUGACGUAUCUAAACAACCUCAGCCUUCACCCUCCUUGGAGCGUUUGCGACAAACUUGUGACAUUGAACCCUGCUGGACUAGUCCCACUGUUCCUGCUGUUUCUGUUGCCGAGAUGCGGAAGAAAAUUAUGCUGUACAAACCUUUGGCCGACUUCACUGCUGAAGACUUUAACAAGUUGUUGACUCAAGUUCAUGGAUUAUCUGAAAAUAUUAAAAUACGUACAGGAAGCACUGUGGAUGGAUCGGUUCUCGCACCUCUGAUCAACACCUAUCAAACCUAUUUGCUUGAUAAGCGAACAGAAAGCAAAGAUCUCUAUGAACGGGAAAAGGAAAAGUUAGAGACUCGGUUGCAGGGUGGCAAUUUUACGAGUUUGUGGACCGUGUUAGAGAAGAAAAUGGUCAAAGACUUGAAGGUACAAACUAAAAACAGCACACGAACCAACGUUACAAUGGAAGCAUCACAAAACAAUCAAUAUUACAAGAUGCUGGACGAGUUAAUCGAUGUUGCUGCUGCUGGAAGCACAAACCCGAACAUGACGACAGAUUCUCUUCUUUGGAACGACUCUCAACUGACUGAAAGCGAAAAAUCUUUGAUUUCCAAGUGCAAAGGCAAAAUGGAAAGGUUGUCUCAUGAACUUAAAAAGAGUGUUUUAUUACGUCCAGAGAAUAUGGAUGCCGAGGCACAAAAUUCUACCAUUCCAGAAAGAUUUCUGUAUUACGUUAUACAGUGGCUGUUGACGGGUCUUGGAACCAAAAAUUCUAAAAGCAACGAAUGUACCAUGCAAGUGAGGAUGGUCAUCUCUGGAACAAGUAACCUAUUAUAUCGGUGGUAUACGUCCUAUUCAGACAAUCUCAUUUCCUUAAUGAAUGACAGUACAGAACUUCCAAAUUUAGAUUAUUUGAGGUUUUAUGGUGUCACCGAGUAUGAAUUCAAAUCUCAUGAAGACCUCAAUGAUUUUGCAUGGUGGUUGGACUCUUUGGAUUAUUUUAAUAAUUCCACGAUGGAUGAAUAUAAAUUGUUGAAAGCAUUUGCUCGUGGAUACUGGAUGGAAGACGUUUCAAACAAAAAAACAAACCAGGAAAAUAAGGAAAAUAAGAAUAUUAAUUGGUUCUUCUCGAAGAGUGGACACUAUAACGACACCUCCAUUCCAAAACACCAGGGCUACAAUAUUGGAGAUUUAACAUUUGAUCUUCCAACGAGAGGCCAGUGA